CAAGAAGAUCCAAAAGUAAGCAUAUGUUCUUCCAGUUUUUCAGCUCUCUAAGUGGAACUAUAGACAUUGAAUCCAGAAUGUUGCUGCUGCUGAUCCUGUUGUUGAAUAUUACAGUUUCAGUGUCAGGGAUCCAGAACCUGAAAGUGUCAUGCAGUCAUGAGAAGAUCUGUGCUCUGAGGGAGUCGUCUGUAAACCUGACGUGCUCUUACUCAAAUAUCAUCACCACCACUGGAUUCUGGUUCAGCUUCAAGGACAAGGCUAAAUGGAGGGAGGAGGAACAUCCAGAGGAUUUAGCUUUAGACUCCGACUACGCCGGACGUGUGAAUUACACAGAGGUGACAAACUCAAGAUCGACUCUUACAAUAACAGACCUGAGAGAGAGAGACGCGGGGGAAUAUCGCUUCAUGCUCAUUACGGAUAAAGGAGAGAAAUACGUGAGCUCAGCUGGAGUUACUCUGACAGUUACAGACCUGCAGGUGAUCCGUGACUACAAAAAUAAAGCUCUAAUCUGCCACACUUCCUGUCAUCUAACCUUUGCUGCUAAUGUAUACUACUGGUACAAGGAUGGACAAUACAUACAGGAUAACAAAGACACCCAGGGAACUUUCCCUUUAAGCAAUGAUGAAGAAGUCAGUUACUCCUGCUCUGUUCACGGCUAUAACGAGAUUCGAGCUCCUUCUCUGUGUGUUGGAAGGAACUGUUUGAACGUGACCUACCCAGACAAGAGAGUCUGUGUUUUGGAAGGGUCUUCAGUGGAAAUUGCUGGAAAUUACAUGUUUUCCAGUGGACAGAGUGUUAAAGAAGUAUUCUGGCAUUCUUCUAAGGACUUCAAGGACCUGAAGCAUGAGUUUACUAAUCGAGUUGAAUAUGUGAAGCAAGACAGAAACUGCGCUCUGAAAAUGAACCAGCUGAGAAAGAACGACUCUGGAGAAUAUCGGCUUAGAGUAGUUUAUACAUCUAACCGAUUAUCUGGUAGACCUGGAGUGGUUCUUAAUGUUACAGAUCUGCAGGUAAGACUGAGUCACUAUGCAGGGUCAUCAGAAGAACGGACGACAGUAACGCUGAGCUGCAUCACGUCCUGCACUCUGUCCAACAGCCCCACUUACCUGUGGUACAAGAACGGACAGCCUGUUACUGAUAAACUCACCAAACACAACAAACUCUACCUCUUCUUCAGCAAAGAUGCAGGGAACUACUCCUGUGCUGUGAAAGGACAUGAGGAUCUCCGCUCUCCUGAACAACUUUAUUUAAGUGAUGAAGAGAACCACGCUGUAGUGUGGAAGCUGUAUGCUGUAUGGGGAGCUGCUGCUGCACUUGUUCCUGCUUCUCUCUCUUCUUAUCGCCGUCCUGUGUGUUAAGAGGAAGAAAAGAGAAGAAAGAGACACUCAGUGUGUUCCAACGCCUGGAGAUGACACAUACACAGCGCUGAACCUCAUGACUGUGUCCCCAGAAUAUGACACACUGCAAAAUAUUAAAAGCUCUGCCAGUGACACUUACACCACCCUGAACCCUGCACCCAUGUGCUCUGAUUAUGAUACACUGAGGAAGUGAAACAACCUGCAACCACAGUCUCUGGGAGUAAGUGUGUACUCUAUAAGUGUGUGUUUGUGCAAAAGGAUGUUUGUUUAAGGACUGAAGUUGCAAAAAGAAUUUCUGUCUCAAGAAGACAUUUGUGUCCGUUCAAUCGGUUCUGUAAUGUUGACUAAAAUUGUUGUUAAUGUCUUUGUAUUUAGUUAUUUAAACAUUUUAAAUACUUUGUCUGAUGUCCUCAGCAUUUGUUAUUUUUAUGUCUUGUAAACUAGAAUAAAAUGAUGAUAAAGUAAGGAACACACACCUCCCUGUACAGAAAUUCUAUUUUGCCUG